CAAAACUUUGGGGGCUCUCUCUUUCGUCUCUCUCCCUUUGCGGAAACCAGGUUGGCCGGCGAUCUUGGUGGUCCAACCACGGCCAACUGUGAGACUGAUCGGAAAAGUACCGGCCAGGGCCGCCGAUCAUGUCUGGGCUAAAUCACAACCACCUCAGCCACUCACGAUGUCGCUGCGAGCUCGGAAAGGUCUGUAGAUUUCGAGUUUUCCGACGCCGUUUCCGACGACUCCGGCGUUUGUCUCCAGUUCGGGAGGGAGGACGAGGAGGUGGAGGACUUUGCCUCAAUUUCUCUUCUCUUUUAUCCAUCUAUUUUUACUUCACAAUUCAUUCGCAAACCACACCUUUCAGGUUAACUCAAGGCUUUGGCUUUGGAGACAGAGGAACCAACCAACCAAGCUAUGGCUACAUAUUUCAAAAUUUAAGCAACCAAAACUUGUUGAACCCCUCCUAUGCAGGGGAUGAGAAACUUGCUUCUUAUCCUGAACCCCCCGCCAAAAUGAUGAUGUAUCUGAAACAAGCUUCAUAUGCUACUGGAUCCUACUCUGAAGUCUUGUCCGGCGGCUCUUUCUCUCCUCACAAAUAUGCUGAUUCUGAUGGUGGCAGGAAUGAAAUGAUGUUGUUAGCUUCCAGUAAGUGAGCUAUUUCCUUUGGCCUUUGCGAUUGUUUCUGGUGAAACUAUGGACAAUUGAAGGUGGUUUUUGCAAAGGAUAUCGGAUGUCUUGCUUGAGUUUUUUGCAUGAAAUGGUAUUAACAAUGUUUUUCUAUGAAAUAAUAUUAACAUUGUACUUCUAUGACAUGUUAUUAACAAUGUAUUUUUAUGACAUGGUAUUAAUAAUGUACUUCUAUGAUAUGGUAUUAAUAACGUACUUCGGGUUUCCUGGGCUUUUCUUUUUUUUUUUGGUGGUCAAAUAUGAGUUGGACUUGCUGGGCUUAUUUUGGGUUUUUUUUUUUAGUUUUUUGUAUUGGGCUUGUUUUAAGUUAAUCAAUGGCAGAGAUGUAAUUUAUAGGAACUUCAACACUCAUUUUUUAGAUAGUAAAUAAUUUUUGGGUGUGUUUCUAAAGUAUAUUUUAU